UGUCAGUGGUUAUGGUAGCUUUUUGAAAAGAGGAACAAUGAGAACAAAAUUGGAAUUUGAGAAACAUAAGGAAGUGACCGGAGGUUUAGGUACUAAAUCAGAGUUAGAAAGAUAUCUUGCUGAAGAUCUUGAGCCUGAAACAGAUGACUUUAAAAUCUUAAAGUGGUGGAAAAUCAAUGAGCCUAGAUUUCCCAUUCUUGCGGAGAUGGCUCGUGAUGUAUUAGCCAUUCCUAUUUCAAGUGUUGCAUCUGAAUGUGCAUUCAGCACGGGAGGUCGCAUUCUUGACUCGUUCAGGAGUUCGUUGACGCCUAAACUGGUGCAAUCUCUUAUUUGUCUUCAAGAUUGGCUUAGAAGUGAACCUAUUCCUAUUAAAGUUGAGGAAGACUUGGAGUAUCUGGAACAACUAGAACUUGAUCUGGCUAAUAGUGCAAAAGAUUCAACUAUUAUUGACAUAUAGUUGCAACAUGUACCAUGUGUGGUUUGAUCAUGGCGCCUAAAUGGAAGUGAUGUUGCAGUAAAUAGACUUCACUUGUUUCAUGCUACUUAAUGUAAUUAUUUCUCUGGUUUUGAGACUUCAGCAGCAUGAAAACUUUCUAACUUUUGGAUUACUCUUUUGGUUAUGUAAUAUGCUUGUACUAAACAAUGGCAACAAAGUAGCAUAGAUUCUAAGUUUUUUGUUCUCUCAUGGCUGUAAGCAGUGGCAGCAAAGCAACAUAGCUCUUUUGGUUUUUUGGUUGUGUAAUGUAGUGCUCUUUUGGUUGUAACUACUAACUACUCCCUACUCCCUAGUUUAUAUUUGUUUUGUAUGAUUGUGGGAUCUUGUAUGGACCAAGUAGAGGUGU